CUGGCAGGCAAGGCGGUUGCCAUGGUGACCCAGGGACGAAUCUGAUGCAGCUAACAGUGACUGAGACACUGUAGCUGAUACCUUACGUUUUCUUACAGCCAGUAUGCCUAAUUUAGUAUUUUAAAAUCAACAAGUCGUCUGAAAAGAUAAUUUACCAGAUACCAAGUGCCCAACGAGCUCGGAUGCUUGACGGCAAGAUGCACUUCUGCCCACCUGUCAGCCGAGACAGGGUUAUCUGUGACUUCCCAAAGUGCUAUAACCCACAGGCAUGUCUGCAGACGAAAGACGACUGGAACAGCCAGGCGAAGAGCGUGUGCAAGGAGAGGGCUGAGCGACAACAGGCGUGGGACAGGCUGAAGAUGUCCAAAGCUGUGGUGGUUGGAGACUUGAAUGUGGGCAAGACCUGUUUAAUUAACAGGUUUUGUAAGGAUGUGUUUGACAGGGACUAUAAAGCCACUAUUGGGGUAGACUUCGAGAUUGAGAGAUUUGAGCUUUCCGGGACGCCCUUCUCUCUUCAGAUCUGGGACACGGCGGGUCAAGAGAAAUUUAAAUGCAUCGCCUCAGCUUACUACAGAGGAGCACAUGUAAUUAUUACAGUCUUUGACAUGUCGGACAUCAGAACUUUGGAACACACUCGGCAGUGGCUGGUGGAGGCUCUGGGGGAGAAUGAGCCCAACUCUUGCUCUGUGUUCCUGGUUGGGACUAAGAGUGACCUGCUGUCUCCAGAGAUACGGGUCGGUUUAGAGAGAGAUGCUGUCAAAUUGGCAUCAGAGUUACAGGCUGAGUUCUGGAUGGUGUCAUCCAAAACAGGAGACAACGUGAACGAGUUCUUCUUUCGUGUGGCGGCAUUAUCCUUUGAGGACGCCAUCCUGAAGGAGCUGGAGGGAGCAGUCACACAGAGCAUCGGCCAGGGAGACAUCCUCAGGGUGUCACUGGAGGAGACUCAGGGCAAGGAGGAGAAAAAGGCAUGCUGCUGAAGCCACAACCCCAGGAUGGAGGGAGCAAAGACACAGCUGCACAAGAGAGGAGAAAGGGAAUUAACAGAGAGGAGAAGAGACAUUGAAAAAGACGGAAGACAUCUUAAUGUUUUAUGAGAGGGAAUAUAAUCAUCUCAGUCACUGCCUCUGUACAAUACAGUAUAUGCAAUGAAUGUAAUUCAUGAAAUAUGUGUACAUGUGUCAGUGCCAAUCAUGGACGUUUCAUUGUUGUUCUAUUAGAUCAGUAUUGUCAUACAGCCUUCUGGCAUAAAAAAAGCAGUACAAUAUCAGUCUGCUCUAACCAGUGAUCAUAAAAGUAUGAUAAAAUAUUUUGUCUUUUAAAAUAGUUUAGUUGAUUUAUUAUUAUUACUAUUUUUCUUUUAUAACAAUGGACUAAGCGGCAGACAGUUCAUUUUUCUAUGGAUUUUCUAGGCAGUUGAAAGACAGAUGAUGGAUAAUAAAAUGUCCUCACGUACCUGA